AUGGCCCAAGAUCCGGCCGCUUGCUCGUCGCCCCCAAUGGCGCAGUCCAGUGUCCACAGCGCUGCGCCCGUCCACGAGCCCAGCCAGCCUGUGUUGGCGUCGCAAAACGUCAACGACAGCGCGGCGUCCUCCGGCGCGCUGCGGCCACCCAUGUUGCAGUCGUCUCCGCAGGACUCGCGACCCGGUACCAGCCCAAUGGCCCGCAGGCGCGAUGCCUACGCCAGGCCCGGUGCCCCCACCACCAGCCGCUUUCUUCGAACGCUCGAUUCCUCUGCCUCGUCGUUCACCACGCACCACUACAACCCGUACCUGUACACGCAGCACAAGACCAGGCCCAACGCGCCCUUCGACGUGCUGCACAUCAAAAACAAGCGCCUGGUGGCCGGCCCAGACGCCUCCGAACAGGUCUUCUACACGCAGAGCGGCCUCAAGUACACGCUUUGCGAGGGCCACAUCCCGGUCUUUCGCAUCCGCAAGGACGAGCUGCCCGAUCCCGUGUCGUUCUACGAGCAAGUCGAGGAACUGGGCGCGCACUUUGGCGCCGUGAAACUCGUGGUGAUCCAGCGGCCGGUGCUUGCGGGCACCCCGGGCCCGGAACAGCCGGCUGCGCCCUCCAGUGACUCCCCCGCUGGCCACGGCGUCCACAGCAACAGCAGCCCCGCCAGCGACCGCGUCGCGUCGCACUUGGCGUCGCUCAGCGCCUUCUCCCUCAACACAGAGCAUUUCUGGUUCAAGUCCAGACGGCAACAUCUCAGCUCGUUCGAAAACGAGGCCAAGAAAAGACUCGAUUUCCAUCGUGCCCUGCACCGUUUCCAUAAGCACCGCAAGGACGAAAACGGCGCGCAAGCGCUCGGCAAAAUUCCCAGCAUCGACAAACGUUCCCUAGAUUUGUACCGCUUGAGACAAUGCGUACAACUGCGGGGCGGCUUCCAGACAGUAUGCCGGAAGAAACUCUGGGCCCAAAUUGGCCGAGAGCUUGGUUACACAGGCAGAAUUAUGAGCUCUUUAUCCACCUCAUUGCGUUCUGCGUAUCUGAAGGUGUUUUGCGAAUUCGACAAGUUCGAGGAGGAGCAAUUGGCCAAGAAACAAGUCUUGCUCGCGCCAGCUACUCCAGCUGACCCGGAAACUUCCCUCCUAUUACCAUCACAGGCCGAUAAUUCGAAAAAACGUUCGCUGGUGCAUCUUGGAGAGGAAGAAAUGCAGGCAACUCCAGCUCCCAAGAAACCCCGGUGCUCAACUCCUCGUAACUACAAGGUAGGCGGUUCCUGUGUGGAGUUUGGUAGACUGCGCGACGUUCUCAGGUUCAAGGGCUUUUUCACCAACUUUGAGCACUUAACAGAAUCGCGAAAGAAUAUUACAAAACCAACCGAUUCCACCCUGCCUGGAUACCAAUUCAAUUUCUGGCAAAAUGCUACAGAAAUAUACGAGAAAUCUUCUCACGAACUGAAAAACUCCCCCAUUUAUAACCUUCGACAAUAUCACGAAAAGAGCCAAAAACACUUGGAGAGCAUUCCAACCAAGUACCAAGAUAAAUAUGCUAGCGUGUUUCGUAGCAAUGACAAGACUGAGUUAACCACCUUCGAAAGACUCUUUUUCGAAAUCAUCGGGGAUGAAGACUUUUCUUGUGACGUCGACACUGGUAUGAAUUUACCCUCUGCCAUCCACGGGUCAGGAUUUCCCACACUUUCAAAAAAUAACGAAGACCUCGCCAGCGCACUGGAUCCCUGGAAUCUCAAUAAUGUUGCUCUUUCUCCUAAAUCCUUGCUACGUUAUCUCGAUACUGAUCAUGGCGAUCAUACGAGAACAAGACUCGAUGUUGGAAUGCUUUUCUCAGUCAAAGGUUGGACAACCGAGGAUAACUUUCUGCCAUGUAUCGAUUACAAUCACCUCGGAUCGUCAAAACUAUGGUACAUUGUUCCACCUGAGGAUAUGGGUAGGUUUGAACAACUACUAGAGUCUUUGGAAGAAAGUGAUAUUCAUUUAGAGGAUGGCAAUUCUCAUAAAGACGAAGACUUCAAAACCUCUGAGUUCUACCAUUGCUAUCUUGAUACUAACCCUUCGAAGCCCGUUAAGACAUGCCCUCCAAGAGUUAAUACGCAUACGAUUUUACCAAGCGAUAUCAUCGGUGGUCUAGGGAAGGCUGGGGCCAAAUCUAAGUGCUUACCGAACGAUAUACAAUUUGACCCCGAAUUUCUAAAAACACAAGGCAUUAAGCUUUUCAAAGCUUCCCAAGAUCCCUGGUCUUUUAUUAUAAAAUUCCCAAAGGCUUAUUCCACUACUGUUGCAAGCGGGUUUUAUGUUUCUGAAAAUGUGCACUUUGCGCCCCAUACUUGGCUGAACUAUGCACUAGAGAGCGAAAAAUGGCUAUCAACGCAUGGGAUCUUACCAGGAAUACAUGCACUACAAUUAUUCGUGAAUGUUAUUUUAUUUUCUAGGCAUCAAGAGUUGAUUAAAAAAAUCAAGAGCUUGACAUCAAAUCUCGUGAGCGAAGAAAUCCAAGGGAGAAAGUUUCUUCAGAACAAAUUUGGGAAUGAAUAUUCGAUUGAGAUAAACAGUUUUGACUUCAUCUCAGACACGUCUUUGAUUCCAACUGGGUUUUCCAAAGUUCUUCUGACUAAUAAAACUGAUUGCGUAACCCUUUCACUAAGUGAAUUUUUGGAAUACCUUGUUUGGAAAGAUGACAAAGCGCAUAUUUUUGAUACAUGUUUGUAUGAAAACGGCAUUCAUGUUUCCUUGCAUGUUUGUUAUACAGAUCAGCAAUUAGAAACGAUCUUCUUCGAUAAGCCCAAAACUGACUCUGUCUCCUUAAACCAAGACCAAUGUCUUAAAAUGGAGGAGGUGGGCGCAAGUGGUUCCAUAUCGUUAGAGGAGCUCAUUAAUGAGAAAUAUAAGGGGAAGCGUGUCCCAUUUGAUGAACUGCUGACAGUAUUCUCAAGACAAGGAUUCUCAGACGAUAAGGAGCAACAGAAUUCUGAACUACGGGACUGCUUAACAAAUAUCAGUAAUAUUAGGUCGGAAUGCAAGCAGUUCAUAAAGAAGCUGUCUGUCUCAAAAGAGGAACUUGAGAAUGGGCAAGGGCAAUUUGUGAAAGGUUUCAAGAUUAAAGAGUUGGCACCGAUACCAUAUCAAUGCGUCUCCCAGGAAUUACACGACUUGAUUCAAAAGCUUCAUUGUUCGUCUGUAGAAUUUCCCGAAAUGCAGGAGCUUUUUGUUUUAUGGGGAAAAUUUAAAGAAUUUGAGGUAGAAGCUCAAAUGGCCAUUUCUACUUCUAACAUUCUCAAGUUGAGAGAGCUCUACAAAGAAGGGUGGACUCUAGGAAUUUUUUCUAAGUACGAGGAACCCUUAAGAAGAGCACUUCACGAAUCACAAUGGUUAGAAGUUUAUCAUGAAGUGAUCGAAGAGCACAAGAAAAUGUCAGAAGAAGAAAGGGAACACUAUACUCUAGAUGAUUUGCCAUCCUUUCUAAAGUUUGGAAUCAAGUAUGUCUCAGGUUCACAACAUUUAGAUAAACUUCAGAAGGUGAGAAACCUUAUACUAGAAUGCCAAGAUAUGGUGUCAAGAAUUAAGAAGCUGUUCAAAAAACGCACAAACAAGAUACCAAUAGAACAGCUUGAAAACAUUAUUACAACAAUAGAGACAAAACAUUUACCAAUUAAUCUCGAAUUUCAGAAAAAGUUAAAGACUAUCCUUGAAUACGUGGAAAAGCGCAAGCGAGAGAUAGCUCCAUACUCGAAGAAGUUAGAGGUUAAUGAUGCAUACAUUGAACUUUUGGAAAAACAAUUUGAAUUUAAGGGAGUUGAGAUUUUAAAUCUAUUUGAUAAAUUCGACGGGUCGCCGAAUGAUCUACGAAUGACUAUGACUGAGAUUCCGGACACGUCUUUAUUUCCAAAACAUGUUAAAAAGUGCAAAAGUUGGCUUCAAGACAUGAAUAGGCUUCUACCAAGACGAAACCAGCUGGUCAAACUUUUGGAAUCUACAAAGACAUGCUUGGAUGUGCGCGCGGAUAAAUUUAAUCACAAUGAAGUGCACGAUGCGGAAGCACGGUACUGCUUUUGUCGCAAAGAAGACUCAGGAAGCGCAAUGGUGGAGUGCGAGAUAUGCAGAGAGUGGUAUCAUAUUAACUGUAUCAAUAAGGGAAAGUGGUCAUUACCAAGCAAAGAAAGUAACGUAUUUGUAUGCCCCGUAUGCCACCCACAGGACGCUUUCAACCCCCCCAUGGUCGAAUAUAAGGACCUUGUUGAACUUGCGAUUGCAUCCUCUACGUUGAAGAUCAUACCAGACCGUUCAAUUCUUCAAAAUCUCUUUGGAAUAUUGAGAGCUGCGAUCACAUUCUGUGACGUAGUUCAGCAAGAACUGUUCGAUGGGAACCAAGGUUGCAUCCGUCCAGAUGCCUCGAUGAAUUUGGUCAAGUUUUAUAUACGGAAGCUGACAGGUUCUGGGUGCUGCAUAACUGAUACACAAGAGGCUCUGUCAGCAUUCUGCCGAAAGUCUGAUCUCGAGAAGAUCCAAAGAUUGAAAGAUGCUAAAACCAUAUUGAUCACUGGUUUUGAAAAUCUUGUUUCUAACAAAGUAGCAAAGUCAGCAGCCAACGUAGAUUCCGUGACCGUGAAGGAGGAGUCACAGCCCGUGACCCCAGUCUCGAGCGGGGCUACAUCCGACGCUCCGGACAAGUCGCUCCUCAGCGUGGAUUCCUUGGCUGGAGAUGCUAAGGAACACGAUUAUCACACGUAG